AUGAGCAAUUUUAAGGACAUUAAGUCGACCUCCCGUCAACUGAGCUCGGAUAAUAAUUCCGUGAGCAGCAAUGACUGGGAUAUGGCCAAUGAUGUGUUUGUGACCUGCUACGAGGACCCGAUGGGAGAGAAUAUACACGGGGAGAUGGACUCGGUCCAGUCCGGCUUGGAAAUACACCUGCCUCCGCUGCUGCUAGGCGAUCACCGUUUAUCUCAGGACGGCAUGAUAUUGGGCCUAGUGGAGGAAGCUUACUCGGGCUAUCACCCUCUCCCAGACUCAGGGACAGAAUACUUGGAUAUCACAAACGACCUGAACUACACCGAAAGUGAUGGGAAUGUGACUAUAAAGAAACGUAACCGCUCCACCAGUUCCAGGCACCGCGGGGAGGUAGUCACCGAGUUGGGACCAGAGGAAGUGCGAUGGUUCUACAAAGAGGACAAGAGAACCUGGAAGCCAUUUGUUGGACACGACUCUUUGAAAAUUGAAGUCAUUUACCGCAAAUUAUGUGAACUAAAUCCCUGCAAGGUCAAAUGUCGGAGUCCCACCACCGAACCAGAGGAUGCCAGUGUGUCGUCCACGGGUUCCGAGCCCAAACCGGAAGAUGUGUCGGAGGGGGGAGCUGUCCAAGCGGAGCCGGCGACAGGGGACGCAGAGGGUGGAGGGGACAGAGAAUGCGAGAAAGAUGAACUCGACCUGGAUUCCAUAAGUGUCAACGUUGAGGCUGUUUGCGUCAGAGGUGGUCUCUACGAAGUGGACGUCAAAGAGAAGGAAUGUUACCCCGUCUACUGGAACCAGCAGGACUGUAUUCCUGUGAUGAGGGGUCAGUGGUUCGUCGACGGCACUUGGCUUCCCCUGGAGGAGGACGAGAGUGACCUCAUCGAGCUGGAGCACCUUGCCCAUUUCCGGGGGCACCAGAUGAGGGAGACCUACGAGGACGCCAUUGAAGUGGUGACCACCACAGUGGGCAACAAGGACGGUAAAGUGGAUGGACUCAAUGCAAUCCACAGUUUGAAACUAAGCCGAAGCCAUGUGGACUGGCACAGUGUGGACGAGGUGUAUCUCUACAGUGACGCCACCACCUCCAAGAUCGCACGCACUGUCACCCAGAGAUUGGGCUUCUCCAAAGCCGGCAGUAGUGGGACGCGUCUCCAUCGGGGCUAUGUGGAGGAGGCAGCGCCCGAGGACACCCCACCCGAAACAACACACAUCGUCUUUGUGGUGCACGGGAUUGGCCAGAAGAUGGAUCAGGGCCGUAUCAUCAGGAAUACGAGCAUGAUGAGGGAGGCUGCUAGGAAGAUGGAGGAGAAGCAUUUUUCUGAUCGUUCCACAGAACACGUGGAGUUCCUUCCUGUGGAGUGGAGGUCCAAACUGUGCCUGGAUGGAGACACGGUGGAUUCCAUCACUCCAGACAAGGUUCGCGGACUCAGGGACAUGCUCAACAGCAGUGCCAUGGACAUCAUGUACUACACCAGCCCUCUGUACAGAGACGAGAUCACUAAGGGUCUAACUCAGGAGCUGAAUCGUCUCUACAGUCUCUUCUGCAUGCGGAACCCUGAGUUUGGGGAGAGUGGCAAGGUGUCCAUCGUGUCCCACUCCCUGGGUUGUGUCAUCACCUUCGACAUCAUGACAGGCUGGGACCCGGUACGCUUCCGUCAUGAAGAACUAUGGGCCGACCCAGAGGAGAUGCAAGAGCGCUGGCCAAGCUACCAGGAGCGUCAACUACAAGAAGAGAUGAGAUUCACACGACUCAGGUUACGAGAUUUGGAAAAUCAGUUUGCUGGGUUGCAAUCCCCAUCAUCUGAAGGCUCUUCUUCAGCCUUGAAAUUUAAGGUGGAGAACUUUUUCUGCAUGGGUUCUCCCCUGGCCGUGUUCUUGGCGUUGCGAGGGAUCCGACCGGGGAACAACGUGACCCAGGAUCACAUCUUACCCAAAUCCAUCUGUCAACGUCUCUUCAAUGUCUUUCAUCCUACUGACCCUGUGGCCUACCGAUUGGAGCCCCUGAUCUUAAAGAACUACAGUAACAUUUCACCUGUCCAAAUACACUGGUAUAACACAUGUAGUCCGACACCGUACGACCAGAUCCGUCCCACGCUGCUCAACCCUGCACUGAAGGAGAGAGCAUCCAUCUCGGACACAGAGAGCCUCCCCAGCCCCUGUACCUCCCCCCCUCAGGCCCGAAGACACUACGGAGAGUCCAUCACAAACCUGGGGAAAGCCAGCAUUAUGGGUGCGGCCAGUCUCGGGAAAGGCAUUGGUGGGAUCUUCUUCUCCCGCUUCUCACGCUCAAGUGGUCAGGUGGGCAGCGUGGAGGAGGAGCCUUCUGAUUCGGAGAGUGGGGUCUUGGAGAUGGAUAAUGCCGUAUCAGGAGAGGAGGGCGUGGCUAUGGAGUUAGAGAAGUUACCUGUAGUAGAGGAGACAAGGGAAAUAGAGCCCUCCAUGUCUCGGUCCACCUCGGCUAUCCUGGAAAACACCACAUUGGAGUUGGAGAGGCGCAUUGACUUUGAGCUGCGAGAAGGCAUGGUGGAGAGCCGCUAUUGGUCGGCGGUGACCUCGCACACAGCCUAUUGGUGUUCACACGACGUGGCACUGUUUCUUCUCACCUUCAUGUAUAGACAGGAGUAUCCCACUCAGCUCUCUGAGGAUAACCCAGAGUUAUCCUAACCCACAGCCAACACACACACACACACACACACACACACACACAGAGAGAGAGAGACACACACACACACACA